AAAAACUUUACUCUCAAUAUUAAAACAUGAUCUCGGCCAUUCAAUGGAUUCGUAAAGGUGCUGCUGCUCAGCAACCUAAAAAAUAUGAUCUCAAUGACGAAGAAUAUUCCAGAAUCAGUAAAUUAGCUGCUGAUCAAUUAGAAGAUGCCAAAGAAGACUUGAAGGCUGCUGAAGCCAUGGCUGUUGACUCUUCUGCUGUCAAGAAGGAUAACAAGGAUGUCGAUGAAAUGGACCAAUACAACUUGGAAAGUUAUGACGCUGAAGUAGAAGCCUCCAACAAGAAGGUGGGUAUUUUCAGUAACAUCAAGGAUUUAGCAUUCUACGAGAACGACACAGAGGAUCCUUAUAUCACGUUAAAGCAUAACGUGGAUGAAGAAGAGGAAAAGAAAGAAUUAGAAAUCUUGCCUACCGAUAACAUGUUAUUGGCAGCCAAGACCGAAGACGAUAUUUCUCAAUUAGAAGUGUAUGUGUAUGAGGAAGCACAAGAUAAUCUCUACGUGCAUCAUGAUAUUAUGUUGCCUUCUUUCCCUCUCUGUCUUGAAUGGUUAGAUUUCCACACAGGUGCCGGUAAGGUCAACACCGAAACCUCUGGUAACUAUACUGCCAUUGGUACUUUUGAACCCGAUAUCGAGAUUUGGGAUCUCGAUACGAUUGAUAUCAUGUUCCCCGAAACCAUUUUGGGUCAUACCGAUAAGACAAAGAAGAGAUCUAAAAAGGUCAACGCCAAUUACCAUGUGGAUGCUAUUAUGGAUUUAGCUUGGAACAAGAAUCACAGAAACUUUUUGUUGUCUUCUUCUGCCGAUGGUACAGUCAAAUUAUGGGAUUUGACCACCUCCAAGUGUGUUCAAUCUUAUAACCAUCACACUGAUAAGGUACAAUCUGUUGCAUGGCAUCCUACUGAACCUACUGUCUUUAUCUCUGGUUCUUACGAUAAAACCGUGUGUGUGCUUGAUGCUAGAUCUCCUGAAGGAGUGACACGUUGGCAAUUACCCGCUGAUGUUGAAUCCAUCCGUUGGGAUCCUCAUCAACCUUCCAACUUUUACGUUGCUCUUGAAAACGGUUUCAUUCAAUAUUACGAUGUUCGUGUUGCUCAAAAUGGUAAGGGUGGUAAGCCUCUUUUCACUUUGCAAGCACAUGAUGAUGCUGUCAGUGCGCUUGAUGUCAACCCUCUUGUGCCUGGUUGUAUUGCUACCGGUAGUGGAGAUAAAAGUAUCAAGAUCUGGAACACCAAUGAUAACAAACCCAGUAUGGUCACCAGUCGUAAUUUCGAACUCGGUCGUAUCUUCUCUACCCAAUUUUGUCCUGAUUCUCCUUUCCAAUUGGCCAUUGCUGGUUCCAAUGGUAAGAUGCAUGUCUGGGAUAUGGCUUCUAAUGCAGGUGUUCGUCAAGCAUUCCGCCAUCAAUCACUUUUAGGUGUUGCUCAUACCGAGGAAAAGAAGCCCGUGACGAUCCCUGAUGAUGCCGAAGAGGAUGAUGAUAUGGAUGAUGAUGAGCCAUUACAAGAAGAGCCUGAGGAGGACGAUGAAGAGGAUAUGGAGGAAGAUAGCGAUUAGACGCAUUGUAUAACAUUAUAAAUAAAAGCACACAAAUACACUGAAUAUCCCCCCCCCAUCACUUCAUCUUUUACUGUCCCUACAUUACAUAUGAAUUAUUCGUUCC